AGUCCAAAAAGUAACUUUUCCAGCUCAGUGUAUGUGUUGAUGGGCAUUCAUGCGAUUUGUUGUUGUUGAAUAGCCACUUGCAAAUGUGUUUUGUGGAUUUGGGGUCGUAUUGUGCUUCCCAAUAUGUGAGCUGUGAAGCCCUAAUAUGAAUGUUUCUUGGGACUGAUAUGAAUCCCAUCACACUUUCUGAGCCUCAGCUUGUCACCAGCACCACACGGAAGAAGGCCCAUGUCCUUGUCGGUGUUACUGGAAGCGUGGCGGCCUUAAAGCUGCCUCUGCUUGUUUCUGAGCUUCUGAAGAUACCUGGAAUGGAAGUGCAGGUGGUGACUACAGAAAAUGCAAAGCAUUUUUACAACCCUGGGGAGAUUCCUGUAACCCUCUACAGUGAUGUGGAUGAAUGGCAAGUGUGGAAGGGGCGCACAGAUCCUGUGCUACAUAUUGAACUUAGGCGCUGGGCUGAUCUGAUGCUGGUGGCUCCUCUGGAUGCAAACACCUUGGCCAAAGUUGCCAAUGGCCUUUGUGACAACCUACUGACAUGUGUCAUUCGUGCCUGGGAACUGAGCAAGCCGCUGCUCUUUUGCCCUGCCAUGAACACUGCCAUGUGGGAGCAUCCCAUCACUGCUCAGCAAGUGGAGAAACUCAAGGGCUUUGGCUACAUGGAGAUUCCUUGCAUUGUGAAGAAACUGGUUUGUGGAGAUGAAGGUUAUGGUGCCAUGGCGGAAGUGCCAACCAUUGUGGAGAAAGUCAAGACAGUUUUAUUGGAGUGGGGCCUGCGCAAGCAAAGCUGAUCUCCAGCAAAAUGACAUUUCCUUGUCCUUGAUAACUUUUCGGCUAUGAAAAUGGGGGGGAAAAUCAGAGAAAACAAAUACUACAAGCUUGGAUCUAUCUAGUCCUUACCAGCUGCUCUGACACAGUAUUGCUGGGGACCUCCAGGUAGUGAACUUGAACAUGCAGAGUUUUGAUGCCCUGUGCUGGGUCUUCUGUGUGGCGUCAUUACUUGUUCUGGCAGGAAGAGUGAGCAGCAUGCUACUGAACCAUUUGGUGGUGAGUGCUGGAGCCAUUACAAGAAGAGGGUGAUGUAAAGACAGAUGGGUUCCUGAAGGGGUCACUGCGAUUAUAUCCUAAAUUCUGUUCUUUUAAGCUUAUGGAUUGCAACAGAUUUGCCAUCCCUUGUAUCACUUUUUCUUGUUGUGUUUGUUGUACUCAGAACCUGACUCUCAGUUUCUGUAUUCCUUCAUGAGGAAGCCCAUGUGAGCACACCCACUACUUUGAGAAAACGUGGGCAGGGUGCUGUAGUGGAGUUAAGGCUUGCUUGGUUGAAGUGCAAGAGCUUUUUAAUUAGCAAGAAACAACUUUUUUUUUUUUGGCCACCCUUGUCAAGUUUCCCUGUUCACCUCUGAGCUUUGGGGCAAGUAGUGGUGAUGAGUAGAUUUUCCCUGGAGCUGUCUGAGUUGUAAUCCAAAUUCUUUGGGGCUGGGUUGUCUGGAAUAGGCAAUUAAUAUCCAUUAUAUUUUAAAAGACCUGCUGGCAACAGUGAAUACUACUAUUGGUUUCUUGAGAUGAAUCAACACACCUGCUGGCAUUUUUGGAUUCUUCUUGGAAAUGUGUCUUUGGGGAUUAUCACAAUGAGCACCUGCACUUCAAGAGUCUCCGCUAUACCACUAACGUGGGAAUGAUUACUGGAAGAACUCAAGGUGGAAAGAAUUUGCACUUGACUCUUGACUGCUGGGCCUCUUUAUGGUUCUGCUUAUGUGCUUAUGUCCACUACUGUUAAUGAAAUAGGGCAGCAAAGACAGGACAGCCACUGGCACCGCACAGGCAUGAAACUGGAGGGUGCAAGUUGGAGAAAGUCAGUGGACUGUAGGGUAGCACUAACCAGCAUAGCAAUUUCACGGAAGCUGGAUUUGGGGCUAAAAGAACCUUGCCACUGUCUGUGGUUUUUGCCUUACAGCGGGAAAAGUUAAGGGAGAGACCUCUAGAUAUUAUUGGUCUCUAACUCCCAUUAAUUUUAUACAUAUUUUGUAGGUUGUAUGCCAUUGGCAGGUUUCAUUUUUAUUGAUUUGAUCAUUUGUAUGUACAGCAUUAUGUACAUUUACAGCGCUAUAAAAAUAAACAACAACAAUAAUAAAUUAGCCCUAGACCUCAUAGCCACUACUGAGAGAUAGUCCAGCAACAUCUAGAACAAGUCUGGUGGUGAAAAAGUGACCCAUAUGCCACAUGCAACCUUUGGGGUCAUUUUAGGCCCUCAGGAUACCCCUGGAGUACAAAAGAAAUGAGAGGGUUUGUUUUUGUUUUUUGCAAAUGACUGCAAAUGCCUUUUGGGGGAUAUGUGAGAAUUUUCUCUAUACCACUCCUCUGCUAUUUUAGGCCCAGGAUAAGCCUUUUUCUCAAACAGGAAAUGGUCACUUCCUGCUGAUAAACUUCUGGUCACUUCCUGCUGAUAAAAAAGGCCCCUCUGGGGGACUAAAAUGA